AUGCCCAGACAAACAGCAGUGACAGUUACUGUGGCCACCCUGUUGGGCAUUGCAGUCGGGGGUCUGGUUUUGUGGAAAGUAAGCCAGCGUCGGAAAGAAAAGGUCUGUGGUGGUGGUAACCACGUUGGAGCUUUAAAAAGGUCAGGAGAUGAGGAACUGACAGAAGUGGAGGAAAAGGAGUUGCAUUCGUGUGUCAGUUCUCCCACCAUUACCUGGGUAGAGAAGAUCCUUGGUGCAGAAAUAGUGAUAGUUUCACAGGCAGAGGAGUGGGAUCGAGUGGAACCAUUACUGAAAAAGGAGCUGCAGAGGUGGCCAGUCCUUGGGAUUGACUGCGAGUGGGUGUCAGUGGAAGGAAAGGCCAGUCCUGUAUCCCUCUUACAGAUGGCCUCUUCCAGUGGCUUUUGCAUUCUUGUUCGAUUGCCCAGGUUGGUCAGCAGUGGACAGACUGUCCCAAAGUCUUUACUGGACAUCUUGGCAGAUAGCACUAUAUUAAAAGUUGGGGUCGGAUGUUGGGAAGAUUCUUGCAAGCUACUUCAGGACUAUGGCCUUGCAGUCAAAGGGAGCGUAGACCUCCGGUACCUUGCAAUGAGACAGAGGAAGGAUCUGCUCUGUAAUGGACUCAGCCUCAAAUCUCUAGCUGAGAACGUCUUAAACUGCCCACUCGACAAAUCUCUUCGCUUGCGCUGCAGCAACUGGGAGGCAGAAGAGCUGACUCAAGACCAGGUCACUUAUGCUGCCAAGGAUGCCCAGGUCUCAAUGGCUCUGUUUCUCCAUCUGCUGGGAUUUUUCUUCAUCCCUGCUGCAUCUGGAGGUGAAAAUGCUGUUGUUGCUUGGGCAAAGGUACUGGGCAAGUGCCAGGGCUUGAUGGAUGUCCCAUUCAGAGGAAGAAGUAGCAGCAGUCUAGGAGAUGAUGGAAAUGGAGAGGUGGACUCCCAGCAGAAACCAAGGAAUCGGAAGUCUGCAACUAAUGGCCAGUCCCCAGUAAAUCAACAAGUGAAGGAUCCCCGCAAACAGAAGCGAAAGCCCCUUGGUGUGGGAUAUUCUGCAAGAAAAUCUCCCCUGUAUGAUAACUGCUUCCUGCAUGCACCAGAUGGACAGCCUCUGUGCACUUGUGAUCGCAAAAAGGCCCAGUGGUACCUGGACAAGGGCAUUGGAGAGUUGGUGAGCACAGAUCCAUUUGUUGUGAAGCUGCAGUUCGAGCCCUCAGGACGUCCUGAGUCACAAGUUGAUUACUAUCUGACAGUCAAGGAGAACCUGUGUGUGGUGUGUGGCAAGAGAGAGUCCUACAUCCGGAAGAACAUCGUACCUCAUGAGUACAGGAGACACUUCCCCAUCCAGAUGAAGGACCACAACUCCCAUGAUGUUCUGCUGCUUUGCACUUCCUGCCAUGCCAUCUCCAAUUACUACGACAAUCAUCUCAAGCAGCGGCUGGCUGAGGAGUUCGGUGCCCCCAUUGGCUGCGAGGAAGGGGUGCGCCUGCUGGAGGACCCCCUGCGAAGGCAGGUCCGGUCAGGGGCCAGGGCUUUGCUGAAUGCAGACAGCCUGCCUGACACCAGGAGGGAGGAGCUGCUGCAAGGAAUCAAGGACUUCUUUAACACAGAGACCAUUACAUCAGAGAUGCUGCAGGAAGCAGCAGGCCUGGAAACCAGGAUUUGUAAUGAGAGCUACAUGCCACAUGGGCUGAAGGUGGUGCAGUGCUUCGCCAAAGGGGGGCUGCGCUCACUCAUGGAGCUGGAGAGGCGCUGGCGGCAGCACUUUCUGGACACCAUGCAACCGAAGCAUCUCCCAAAGCGGUGGUCAGUCAACCACAAUCAUGGGAAGCUGAUUCGAAAAUAUGGGGAGGACCUUCGGAUCGAGCUGUCGUGA